AUGUGGGCCGAAGCUGCUCCUCUUCGUUUCGAACCACACCCACCGCCCGUCUUCUCCGUGCCGCCACUGCAAGACCUCAACGCCCGGCUGAAGCGCCUGGUCCAGUCGGGCAGGUUCUCGGACGCGCAGGCCCUGUUCGACGGGGCGCCGCACCGCGACGAGGCCUCCUACUCCGCCCUCCUCGCGGGCCAUGCCGCGGCGGGGGACGUCGCCGGCGCCAUGGCGCUCUUCUCCCGCAUCCGCGCAUCCUCGCUCCCGGCCGCUGACCCCUUCGUGCUCAGCCUCGCGUUCAAGGCCUGCGCCGCGGCCGCCGACGCCAGCCACGCCGCGUCACUGCACGCCUUCGCCGUCAGGUCCUCGGCCGUCUCCUCCGUCUUCGUCGCCACCGCGCUGGCCGACGCCUACGCCAAGGCCGGCCGCCUCGCGCUGGCGCUCAGGGUGUUCGACGAAAUGCCGCUCAAGAACGUGGUCUCCUGGACCACGCUCAUCUCCGCACUGGCGCGGGCCGGCCGCCGCCACGACGCGGUCCGCCGCUUCGCCGAGAUGCGAGCCUCCGGCAUGCCCUGCGACUCGCACGCCUUCGCGGCUGCGCUCACCGCGUGCGCCGACACCGGGCUGCUGUCGCGCGGCCGUGAGGUGCACUCGCUCUGCGCCAAGCUCGGCUUCGACGCCACACCCUACGUCGCCAACACACUUGCCACGCUGUACGCGCGCUGCGGGGACGUCCACCGCGCACUGGCUGCGGUCGGCCGCAUGGGCUCGCGAGACGUUGCCGCGUGGACGACUGUGAUAUCCUCCUACGCGCAGACUGGUCGUGCCAAGGAAGCCAUCCUGGCAUUCGUCGCGAUGCUUCGUGACGGGGCAUCAAACGCGGCAAGGCCCAACGAAUACACAUACGCUGCAGUUAUUGCUGCGUGUGCAAAUAUUUCGUGUGUACAUCUUGGAGAGCAGUUGCACGCGCAAGCUGCACAAAGAGGGUUCGCCAGCUCGCGCUCGGUGGGCAAUUCACUCGUCACACUCUAUGCCCGCGCCGCCGGUCGUCUGUCAGCAGCCGAUGCGGUGUUCCAGGAAAGUGCUGCCAAGGAUGUUGUCUCUUGGAGUGCAAUCAUAUCAGGCUAUGCGCAGGAAGGGCUUGCCGGGGAGGCUUUCGCCCUGUUUACUGAAAUGCGACGGCACCAUUGUCCUCGUCCGAAUGAGUUUACUCUUGCCAGUCUCCUCAGUGCGUGCGCAACUGCUGCGUCACUGGACGCUGGUCGCCAACUCCACGCACUUGCUGUCGCUGCUGGACUUGAACACCAUGCCAUGGUCAGGAGCGCGCUCAUUGACAUGUAUGGAAAGAGUGGCAACAUGUCAGAUGCUGAUGUUGUAUUUUCGAAUCGCACGAAAGAUGAUGUGGUUUCAUGGACCGCGAUGAUCGUCGGGAAUGCUGGGCAUGGCCACAGCGAAAGGGCACUUGAAUUGUUUGAGGAAAUGUGCCGUGUUGGGCUAAAGCCGGACCAUGUUGCGUUCAUUGGUGUGCUCAGUGCUUGCUGUCAUGCUGGGGCAGUUGAGCUUGGAUUGAGGUACCUCAAUGCAAUGAGCAAAAGCUACGGACUGGAGCCGUCAAAGGAGCACUAUGGCUGUGUCGUAGAUUUGUUGGGCAGAGCUGGUAGAAUAGAUGAGGCUGAGGAGUUGAUUGGUGGUAUGGCAGCUAAUGAAAGAGAUGGCGUUGUUUGGACAUCUUUGCUUAGGGCAUGUGCAGCUCGAGGGGAAGAGCAAACCGGGAAGAAAGCUGCAGAGAGGGUAAUGGAGGCAGAGCCAUGGGGUGCAGGAGCACAUGUGGCAAUGGCAAAUCUAUACGCCAGCAAGGGACAGUGGUGUGAGGCAGCACAAGAGAGACAUAUGAUGAAGCAGAAAGGGGUUGUGAAAGGAGUAGGCUGGUCAUCAGUCACAGUUGGAGGGGAGGAGAGGGGAGUUGGGGUGUUUGUUGCAGGUGACCGGACACACCCCCAAGACAAUUUGAUCUAUGAGAUGCUUGACUUGAUUUACUAUGGAGUUGGAAUGGCUCGGUAUGUACCCGAUCAGAUGAAUUUAGCAUCUGAGGUAGAGCUAAUGGUUAACACUUACAGUAGUAGUUAUAACUGAGUAAUUUCAGAAGGAGAUAGGCUUGAAAAGAGAAAAAAUAUAUAGAAGUCCUUGGCACGAUGAGCGCUAAUGCAGCCAUGCGACUUAAAAGUUCUGCUGCUGUGCUGAAGUACUGAUUUAGUACUAGUAGUUCUUUGGUAUUACCACCGGGGCUUUGAUCUUGGUAUACUUUUGAUAAGAUGGUUGAUUGCCUGCAGCAUAUAUGUAUGAGGCAAGAGUUCUCCGUUGAAGCUUCAGCGCUCAGGCUGGUGCCAAAAGUAGCAGUUCUGUGUCUACCACAGAUCAGAGCAACAAAAGUUCUGAUAUCUGCAUCAGAAUUGCAUUGAAGAUCACUCCUUGCUCUAUGGACUAAUACAUGUUUGCGGCAUUGCACAAAGGCUUGGACCAGACAAUGAUGUGAUGGGGGAUUGAUGUUUUUUUCUCUCUUAAGAAGUGUGUGCCUCACUGAUCCCCUUCUUUUGAAGGAAGCCAGACCACAUUAGAUAUAUCAGCAUUCUUUCCAGCAACAUUGUUGCACCGGUGGCACCCAAAGUCGUGUCAACUUGUAUAUCAUACUAAUUGGUAACUGAUGAGAGUUUGGAAGAAUAUGUUUCUUUUGUUGUCAACACUACGGUUAAAAGUGGAAUCUCAAGACAACUGGAGGCUUUUAAGUCAGGAUUCAGUCAGGUAUUUCUACUAAGCACACUUCAGGUAUUCUCAGAGGAUGAGCUGGAGAGAUGACUCUGUGGAGAACAAGAUAAUUGGGAUCAGUCCUGCAAUCUUCUCUCGGAUGAUGACCUGCCUAGUGUGAUGAUUUGCGCUAACUAUCUCAAGUGACCUGCCUACUGCACCAAGGCCCAUGGCGACAUAUUACCCAGCUAAGGCCCAUGGAGGCUCAAGCUCAUUAUCUUUACAGCCCAAGGCAAUGCUAGUAACAGGGGGGUUUAUCAGUCAGUGUGGGCACCCGUAAGGGGGAUUCCAUCAGUCGACGAUCAGUUGGAUUAAUCGAGGACACGAUAUGACGGAACCUAAACUGGCAGAUCUCGAGGUAGGGGAUUCUAAGAUGGGCGUCUAGGAACGAUGGUAACGCGCCCUGUUGGAGUUGUGUCGAAUAUAGUGUACGAGGUAGAUUACAGUUGGAUUUGUAGUUGUAUUGUGUUUAGAUAGGAUAUAGAGUCAUGUUCUAAUAGGACACUUGUAUACUAGGCCUCUCAUAUAUAGCGGGGCUAGACACAUGAUGUAACCUAUGCCAACAUAAUAGCACAGGCACGUAAGGGGGAGCUGGCGGCGUGUGCCGACGCCCGGA